GGGAAAUUGUUAAAAGAAUUAAAACGACAAAAGAGAAGAGGAAGAGAACACCCUAUUCUCCUCUACGAGUCCAACUCCGCUCUCACGCUGCGCCCGGCGACCCUCCUCUCCACCCAUCGCAACCGCCGCGGGCGAGCGCCAUGCGGCCUUCCUCCCGCAUACUCGCGGCGGGCCACCUCCUCCGCGGUUCCCGCUUCGACCCCUCCCCGACCACCGCCGCUGCCUCCGGAUUGCGGCGGCACAACGGAGCCAUUAAUGGGCCGCGCGUGCCGAAGCCUCUCCCCAGCCCUCUGCUCGGAGGCUUCGGACCAAACUGCAGUAUUUGGCCCGGGAAAGGCGCCUCGUUUGGCCGCUUCAGCAUCUUCCUGCCGGAUUCCGCCUACCCACCGCACGGCGCGCGGCCUCCCCGCGACGCGAAAGGGCAUGCAUUCUCCACAUCUGCCAAUGCCAUGGCAGCUGGGAAGCCGGCUGAUGACAAGGUGCAGAAAGAUGUUGCGAAAAAGGAUGUCGAUCACCAGAUAGCAGAUACACAGAUCCUGAAAAACCUUUGGAAGUACUUAUUGUUAAAUGACAGCCCCGACUUCCGCCUCAGGCUUGUGUUGUCGUUGGGUCUCUUAGUUGGCGCAAAGGUUAUAAAUGUUCAAGUGCCUUUCGUAUUUAAGCUCGCUAUCGAUUGGCUUGCAGCCCUUAGUGGUGCUGAAGCCUCACUGGCAUCGUUCACAGAAACUAAUGCCACCCUAUUGGCUCUCUUUGCAAGCCCAGCAGCUGUUCUGAUUGGUUAUGGAAUUGCACGAUCAGGAGUAUCUGCCUGUACAGAAUUGCGAAAUGCUGUGUUCUCUAAAGUGACCUUGAGAGCCAUCCGUUCAGUCUCUAGAAUGGUUUUUUCUCACUUGCAUGAGCUUGAUCUUCGUUAUCAUCUAAGCCGACAAACUGGUGGUCUAAAUCGCAUAAUUGAUCGAGGCAGUCGCGCAAUAAAUUACAUUCUUACAGUGAUGGUGUUCAAUGUUGUUCCCACCAUAUUAGAGAUCGCCAUGGUGUCGAGUAUACUUGCUUACAGUUUUGGGUCUUCCUUUGCUUGGAUUACUUCAGUUUCAGUUGCUACUUAUAUUGCUUUCACUUUGGCUGUCACCCAGUGGCGGACUAAGUUCAGGACAGCCAUGAACGCAGCUGAUAAUGCUUCUAGUACAGUGGCAGUUGACUCCCUUCUGAAUUAUGAGACUGUAAAAUACUUCAACAACGAACAAUUUGAAGUUGAGAAGUAUGACAAGUAUUUGAAGAAAUAUGAGGAUGCCGCGCUGAAAACCCAAAGUAGCCUUGCCUACCUGAACUUUGGUCAAAAUGUUAUAUUUAGCUCUGCUUUAUCCACAGCAAUGGUUUUGAGCUCAUAUGGAGUAAUGAGUGGCGCUCUGACUGUGGGUGAUUUGGUCAUGGUUAAUGGACUUCUAUUCCAGCUUUCAUUGCCCCUAAACUUCCUUGGGAGUGUCUAUCGAGAAGCUAGACAAAGCCUUAUUGACAUGAAGUCUAUGUUUCAAUUGCUUGAGGAAAAACCUGGAAUAAAGGAUGAGACUCAUGCACAACCUUUGCAGUUCAAGGGAGGACGCAUUGAAUUUGACAACGUCCAUUUUGGGUAUGUGCCAGAAAGGAAGAUUAUUGAUGGUGCCUCCUUCACUGUACCUGCAGGAAAAAGUGUGGCCAUAGUCGGAACUAGCGGGAGUGGAAAGUCCACCAUACUAAGGCUUCUCUUCAGAUUUUUCGAUUCAACUUCAGGAUCUAUACGAAUCGACGGGCAAGAUGUUCGAGGAGUGACACUGGAGAGCCUUCGGAAGUGCCUUGGUGUUGUACCACAGGACACUGUACUUUUUAAUGACACGAUUAAGCAUAACAUACAAUAUGGCCGGUUGUCGGCAAACGAUGAGGAGGUUUAUGAUGCUGCCCGUCGUGCUGCUAUUCAUGAUACAAUUAUGAACUUCCCCAACAAGUAUGACACAGUAGUAGGAGAGCGAGGUUUGAAGUUAAGUGGUGGGGAGAAACAACGUGUGUCAAUUGCUCGUGUAUUCUUGAAGGAGCCUUCCAUUCUAUUAUGUGAUGAAGCUACAAGCGCUCUUGAUAGCACUACUGAAGCAUCAAUUUUGAAUUCCCUGAAGACUUUAUCCGUUGAUCGUACCUCAAUCUUUAUCGCUCAUCGACUCACAACUGCAAUGCAAUGCGAUGAGAUCAUUGUUUUGGAGAGUGGACAGGUAGUGGAACAAGGACCACAUGAUUUUCUUCUGUCACAGGGUGGGCGAUAUGCAGAAUUGUGGUCGCAGCAGAACAACAGUGAUGCCGUUGAUGCUGCUGCAGUUAGCUUAGAGGUUUGAUCGAUGGUAUAUAUUUUUCCCUUUUGCAAGGGAAAAUACAAUCUUAAUUGAAUGAAAGCAUCUCAACUUUUCUGCCUUGUAAAUGGAUUAGGAUUUUAGAUAUGUGGUGAACAGAAAUUUACAGCUUAGGAGACAAAUCUCCAUUUGAAAGAGAGCCGGGAAGCAAAGUUUUCCUCAGAGAAAUAUAAACAAUCCUGACAGGUUUCCAUGGUAAUGUAACAAUUUUUUUAACAUGAGAAAUAAUCCCAGUAAAUAUUUAACUGUUUGAGGUCAA